AAAAUUUGUUGCCAAUUUUGAACGAUGACCGAAAACGUUUGAGAGGUUUAACUACGAGUCCAGGGAAGUCAGGUAGUCCGGAUAAAAGCCAGAGUGAGUCACCAGAUAAGAAGCAACAAUUGCGGCGAUCUAAAAUUCUUCUUGGAAAAUUGGAAAACUCUAAUUUACGCGAGUCUAAAGAUAUUGGCACAGAAAAAGACGCGAAUAGCAAUAGUCAAUUCAGAUUACAAGGGCUAAAACGCCAUAAGUUUAACCUGUCAAGUGAUAGUUUUUACCGAAGCAAACAAGAGAAAGAGGCAGCGAAGGGCCUUGGAUCUCUGAUUCACCACGCGACAACUGCCGUGCAAAUAUCUCAACCGUUUUUCCCAACUUACUUGAGCGUGCAACGUCUAAGACACUUCCACAGGUGGCCGCUGAAACGAUACUCUUACGGUCUUCUAUCGGAACCAGGACUGAAACCAGUGAAGGUUCUUACUGAAUACAUUGAGUUGAUUCGCCAGGAACGGGAAGCGGAAAGGCAAGCAUCAGGAGGCGGGGAUAUGUUUUACAUGAGGACUGCAGAUGAUCUAUCGGGACGUGACGGAGACUUGGUUUUGGCCGAGAUCUCGGAGCAACAUCCUCCCUUAAUCAGUCAAAUUGGAAUGUCCUCAAAAAUCAGACAUUACUACAAAAAAGGAAAUCGGAGCGAUCAAGGUCCUCCGAACUACUCUUAUGGCGAAGUUGUUUACAUGAAUGAAAGUCCAUUUCUGGGAAAUUUACAGAACGGAGCUACCUUAUCAGUUCUCGAGAAUAGUAUGUACAGAGCGCCUAUUUAUAAUCACGAAAUGAAAAGCAAUGAUUUUUUGAUUAUCAGGUGUCGGGAUGCUUAUUAUAUCAGAAAAGUGCCGAUGAUUUUUACAGUAGGUCAACAGUACCCUUUAAUUGAAGUUCCCAGUCCUAACUCGAAAAAGGCUUCACAUUUUCAGAGGGAUUUCCUCGCUGUCUUUGUGUAUCGUCUAUUUUGGUCGUCAAAAGAGAAACAGAAACGAAUUAAAAUGGAAGACAUAAGAGCCGCUUUUGGACCGCAUUAUUCAGAGAGCAGUAUUCGAAAACGAUUAAAAAUUUGUUCAGAUUUUAAGCGUGCAGGACAUGAACAAAAUUGGUGGAACUUGAAGUCAGGAUUCCGACUUCCGAACGAAGAGGAAUUAAGGCGUUUAGUUUCGCCAGAAGAAUGCUGUGCGUUCUACAGCAUGCAAGCUGCCGAACAAAGACUUAGAGAUGCAGGCUAUGGAGACAAGGCAUUCACUCUUGAUGAUCAAUUGGAUGACCCGAACGCCUCUGAUGAAAAAAAUGUCGAAGACGAAGUUAAGUGUGCGCCGUGGAACACUACAAGAGCCUAUCUGAGUGCAAUACAGGGAAAGUUCAUGUUGGACAUCACAGGAAUCGGAGAUCCGACUGGUUGCGGCGAAGGGUUCUCGUUUGUUCGUCUACCCGGUAGAAUUAACAAAGACGAGGAAAGUGUUGCUGGCAAUGAAAAGAAACGAAACGUCACAGGAACCGAUGCUGAUCUUCGGAAAUUAAAUCUAACACAAGCCAGACAAAUAUUAGUUAAACAUAAAAUUCCUGAUGAGGAAAUUCAAAAACUGUCGCGAUGGGAGAUCAUUGACGUAAUCAGAACUCUUUCGACUGAAAAAGCGAAAACUGGAUCUGGAGAAUCAAUGUAUGACAAGUUCGCGAGAAUUGGAAAGUAUGGAAUCUCAGACUCUCACGAGAAGUUUAGAGAAGAAUGCCAAAGAAUAUUUGACCAGCAGAAUAAAGUGUUAGCAUCAGAUGAGGUUCUGAGUUCAGAUGACGCGAGCAGCUCUGAAGACGACGAGGAAGACUUAGAAUCAAUGGCCAAAAAUGUCGAAUCAUUGAUGGCUAAAAAUAAAUCAUGUGCUGAGUUGGCCCGAGAAAAGGAAGAGAACGAGAGAAAAGAGUUGCAGAAAAUGAUUUUGUCAGGAAAUAAUCCAAAAGAGGAACCGGAUAAAGGAGACAAAAACAAGAAAGAUCCGACCACUAAUAUUGCAGAUGAUGUUGACAUGUCAAAGUAUAAUGGAAAAGUUUUGAAGAUUUACCGGAACUUCAGGGAUGACGAAACUGGGGAAGAGUAUCAAAGAGUUGAGACUGUUCGGAAACCUGAUGUAAUUCAUGUGUACAUGAGUAUCCGAGAUACUAAAGACGAAGCUUGGAUGUCAGAAUUUGUCGACUUUCAACAGAUUCGAAAAGAAGAAGAGCGCAAAAAAAGAAGGAGGCUUCAAGAUCAGUUGAGAAGACUGGAAAGGAAUAAACAGAAAGGCAAAUUUGGCGCCACAUCGAAAGCAAAGAAACAUGACCCGCAAUCAUUUAAAGUAACAUGUGGGGCUUGUGGUCUGAAAGGUCACAUGAAAACCAACAGUUUGUGUCCUUAUUUUGGAAAAACGCCUCCAGCCGCACGUGAAAACUUGCCUAGGAAUAGCUCCAAUUUUGACCUCAGUUCUGAAGUAACCAACGAUGACGAAGGCGAGGAUUUGAUUAAAGUUGAGGAUACCAAAAUAACACUCGGCAAAGGGUUAUUCGACAACGUGGAUAAACGACAUCAGGGAUCAUCGAGUGUACAUGGAGGUACGGGAUCCAAAAAAGACGAGGAAUCUUCAAUAGUUUAUAGAAAACAUUAUACCUCUGGAGGGAUGCUGCGAAAACGUGCGGAUCCCGUAGUUGUCAUUUCAUCGAUGUUUGAGAAACUUAUCCAGGAGCUGAAACAAGUUCCCGGGUCCGAAGUAUUUCAUCACAAAGUGCGAGAAAAAGAUGUUCCAGAUUAUUACUCGAUCGUGUCUCAACCAAUGGAUUUACAGAAAAUGCGAGACAAAUGUAUGAAAAAGCAAUACAAAACAAGAAAUGAUUUUCUGGAAGACAUUAACUUGAUAGUAUGCAACUCCAUAACAUACAAUGGUCUUAAUCAUUCGAUAACUGAAAAUGCCCACAAGCUCAGCGAUAUGGCUCAAACUCACUUUAGGUCAUUGGAGUCGAAAUACUCCAAGCUAGAGAAAAGAAUUAAUCCGUUGUUGGAUGACAAUGAUCAAGUUGGUUUCUCGUUUUUACUCAGGGAAAUUGCCAAUAAACUUAAACAGAUUCCAGAAUCUUCUCCGUUCCACGUUCCAGUCAGCAAGAAAGCUGCUCCCCAUUACAGAUCGCUUGUCAAAUAUCCCAUGGAUCUGGACACUCUUUUGAAGAAUUGUGUCAGACAUUCAUAUCGAACUAAAGAAGCCUUCAUGAAUGACAUCAGUUUAAUUGCUUCAAAUAGUGAGCUAUUCAACGGACCUGAACACAUUUUAACAUCCAAGGCCACUGAAAUUGUAAACAUGGCCAGGAUUGAAAUAUCUUUACACGAUGAGUAUCUUACUAAAUUGGAACGAAGGAUUUGGGAGGCAUCUCAAAAGUCGACGGGAUCAGUUGCUAGUAGCAUGUCGCCAACUGGAUUCUCAGAAUUGAGUGGGUUCAGCGAAAAGGCCAACGAAGCUGGAAGGUCCAGCUCCGAAAGUGACUCAGAUACUGAGGAGCCAACAACUAGUAAGCGAUCUAGGGCUAUGAUUACGAACCUCGAUCAUUAUUUCAGCUCUUUCGACAACGGAUCGGAGCGGAAACCAAAUGCUUCUGAUCUUCACACACAAGUGCCGAAUAAAAAUACGCUUGCUACAAUUCACGAAACGUCUAACUUUGCUAUUCAGAAUGAAGAAAAUUUUGAUCCAAGUUUCCAGAUGAAAGCCGAGGUGCAGUUUUCAGCUGAUGAUUAUUCACAACUAAGCUAUCAAAACGAGCAGAGCUAUUUAUCAUCACAGGAUCCAGCGUUUCACGACCAGAAUUCGUCUUCGUAUCCAAUGGAUGACUCCUUCAAUUCGAACUCGAAUCAGUAUGAUUUCGGAUCCCAAGGGAAUCCAGCGGAAAAUUCCAACAGUCAAGUUAUCUGGAUGAACGAAGAUUCGCAAGAUCCUGAAACUAUGGCGAAAAUUCUGCUGGGGGAUAUCAGCGAAAGCGACAGUGAAAAAGUCGAGGGGUCUAUCACUGACAACGAAGAAGACGAUGAAAACUGAACUCUGUCCUCCCUGAAGGAUCUCUGUUCCAACAUCAAGAAAACUCUUUUCAACUUGUAAAGUUACGCAUACUUUCGAGUUAAAUAUAGUUUAAGAUACCAAAACUAUUCACAAUUCAGUGUUGCAUACAAUAGUUUAUUGUAGAUUCGUUGUUAAGCCUUAAAACUGAUAUAUUUAGAAUAAUUUGAGGUUAUAUUUGAUUUAUUUCAUAAAUAGAGCGAUAUCUACUGUUUAAUAUUUGCUGAUAAUUUACCGUUUCAGUCGCA